AUGGUUUCUACUGAAGAAGAAUUGCGAGUUUGGAAGGUAGAAGAUCUUAAGAAGUAUCUGUCAGACAGAGGUGUUCCCUUGAACACUAAGAACUGCAGAAAACCACAGCUUAUUGAAAAAGUUAUUUUUGCUGAAAAGCUCGAACUUCCAACAUUGCCUUCUCAAGCUGUUCGAAAAUCUGAAAUUGACCUCAACCGGAGCAAAAUUUUAUUCGUUGAUGGCGUGCAGUUUCCCUUUCCUGAGACAAUUGGCUCCCACUGGCUCGAAGGAAGUGAAUACUAUCCUGACCUUACAUUUGAUGUUAUCAAAAAAUAUGCAGAAGCAAUGGAAUCCUUGAAAGCCUCCAAGGAAGGACAGAACCUUCAGACAUCUGGACAUGUAAAGUCAGUGUUUUUUAAUAGAAUUACAGAUUGUAUUAAAUAUUGCUUUAUAAAAGCAUUAGUUGUGCCUCAGACACGUAUAUCUGAUGCUCCUUAUACUGUUUGGGUUAGUCUACGGACAGAUGCCUCUUCCAUUUUGGCUAGUGAAUGUGGAUGCGUGGCUGGUUACAGUAACUCAUGCAAGCAUGUAUUUGCUUUGCUAUAUUACAUCCUUGCAGAAGUUAGACUUGGCAACAACAGGUCUUGUACUUGCAAGAAACAGCAAUGGAGUGUAAGAACAUACAAGAAGAAUGAAAAAAUCCACGAGCCUAGUCAAAUGUCUUCUGUUAAAAUUUUGCAUCAUCAUCCAGAAAAUGAUGACUGCAUUCAAACCCCAUCAAGAAGUGAAUAUGAGCCCCGUUCCAUCCAAGAUUUAAAUGUUGCCUUUACCAAAGCUGACUGGGAAGCUGUUCUCCAAUUUGUUAACACAACAAUGAAGAGUUCCUUAACAUCCUCUUCCCAAACUGUUCUGCCCCCUUCUACAUUGCCUGAGAUCGCUUCUAAGUGUCAAGCUGAUUGUUUUCAUGCAGCAUUGAAAUUACACCGGUCUGCUGCUGAAUUGAAAAGAAUAAAUGCAAUCACUGCUGAUCAAGCAUCCUCAGAAAAAUGGUUCCAGUAUCGUCAUGGUGUAAUAACAGCAUCUUCUGCACAUGAAGUUUUGGUAAAAGUUGAUGACAACCAUCAAAUUUUAAAUUUAUCAUCAUCCCAAAAUCUAUGUGCAAAAAUUUGCAUGUAUAAUCCUUCUGUUCAUAGUGCAUCAUUAAACUGGGGGAAGAAUAAUGAAAAGUUUGCCUUCAAAAGGUACACCAGAAAGAACAGAACAAAGCACAAACACUUUUCAAGUAAAACUACUGGUUUGUUCAUUUCUGAACAGUUGCCUUUCCUGGGAGCCAGCCCUGAUGGAGUUAUAAGCUGCAAAUGCUGUGGAUUCGGUGUUUUAGAAAUAAAAUGCCCAUGGAAGAGCCGUGAUUUAAAUAUUGCAGACUAUCUCAUGCAGCCAGAGUCAUGCUUGUCAAAGAAUGCUGAUGAAAUAUUUUUGAAGCCUGCACAUAAAUACUACACACAAGUUCAACAUCAGAUGUUUGUCACUGGUGCAGAAUAUUGUGAUUUUUAA